AUGGAUAUCAAGCCUUCGUUUAAUUACUUGUUGGGAAGACCUUGGAUUCAUUCAGCGGGAGCGGUGCCUUCAUCAUUGCACCAGAAGUUGAAAUUGGUAACAGAAGGCCAAUUAGUUACGAUAAGCGCUGAAGAAGACAUCAUUGCAUCAGUAACCAGUGACGCACCAUAUUUGGGAUCGGAUGAUAAGGCGAUCAAAUGUUCCUUUCAAUCCUUAGAAUUCGUAAAUGCGACCUUUGUUGUCGAGGGAAAUAAGAUCCCGAUGCCCAGCAUAUCCAGAGCCACGAGGAUGGGACUACAAAUGACAGUUGGGAAAGGAGCUAUGCCUAGGAGAGGACUUGGAAGAUGUCUUCAAGGAAGGAUAGAGAUUGAAGUAUAUGUUGAUGACAUGAUCGCAAAAUCCCAGACGGAAAGAAAACAUGUGCAAGUCUUAAGAAAGUUGUUCUUAAGAUUAAGAAAGUUCCAACUCAAACUUAAUCUAGCCAAAUGUAUCUUUGGAGCUAGGUCAGGAAAACUUCUGGGGUUUGUAGUCAGUGAAAAAGGGAUUGAAAUCGACCCAGACAAAGUCAGGGCAAUUCGAGAUUUGCCUCCACCACGUACUCAGAAAGAAGUUCGAGAAUGCCAGGAGGCUUUUGACAAGAUAAAACAGUACUUGUCCAAUACUCCAGUGUUGUCGCCACCUAGGCCAGAUAAACCAUUGAUCAUGUAUUUAACAGUGUUCGAUAACUCCAUGGGAUAUGUGCUAGGUCAACAUGACGAGACAGUAAAGAAGGAGAAGGCAAUCUAUUAUCUUAGUAAGAAAUUUACUGACUGUGAAAUGAGGUGGCAGAUCCUACUCUCCAAAUUUGAUAUAGUCUAUGUAAAUCAGAAGGCUAUCAAAGGGAGCGCGAUAGCAGAAUUUUUUGCCAGCAGAGGCAAUGGAAUUGGGGCAGUCCUUGUGUCCCUUAAUGGAGAUCAUUAUCCUUUUACUAGUAAAUUGGAUUUCGAUUGCACCAAUAACAUGGUUGAAUAUGAAGCUUGCAUCAUGGGCAUCGGGGCAGCCAUAGAGCGAAAAAUUAAGAUACUAGAGGUACACGGAGACUCUGCAUUAGUAAUAUAUCAACUCAAAGGGGAAUGGGAAAUGAGAGACCCAAAGUUAGUCCGCUAUCGGAAAUUGGUUCUGAAAUUGAUUGAGGAGUUUGACAGUGUCACCUUUUCUUAUCUACCACGAGACAAAAACCAGAUGGCUAAUGCUUUGGCCACCCUAAUGUCUAUGAUCAAAGUGAACAAACCAGAAGAUGUGAAGCCUAUUCAGAUCAGCAUUCAUGAGACCUCAGCUCCUUGCUACAGUAUUGAAGAAGAGGAAAAUAAUGAACAUCCAUGGUACCAAGACAUACUACGAUAUGUAAAGAACCGUGAAUACCCCGACCAUGCGACAGAAAAUGACAAAAGGACAUUGAGGAGACUGGCUAUUUAUUAUGUCCUAGAUGUGGAAAUUUUGUACAAGAAGGGAAAAUAUCAAGUAUUGUUAAGAUGCGUAGAUGCUGUAGAGGCUAAGAAAACUUUAGAAGAAGUCAUGAAGGUAUCUGUGGAACGCAUGCUAAUGGCUGAACAAUGGCCAAACAGAUUAUGA